CCCUGCUGGCGGAAGUGAACUCUCAGUAUGAGUCCGAAUGGAGAGACAGCUCGCAGCGCCAGAGCCGCAGACAGGAUGUGGGAAAGUCGGAAGCGCGCUCUGCAGUCCUAUUUCGACCAGAUGCUGAAGAUCAUUGACUUUAAUGUUACCGCUGAGGAAGAGUUUAUCCAAGUGGCGCAGAGAUUUGAUGUAGCAAGAGGACAGUGGCAGAAGGCUGAUCAGGAAUUAAAGGAAAAACGAGAAUUCUUGAUAAAAUGUGAAAGCGAAAGGUCUGCGCUACAAGUGAUGCUUAAACAUGCCCGCAACCAGGUGGAAGUGGAGAUGAGGAAACGCCAAAAAGUUGAGGUCGAACUGGAUAAAGUGGAACGUCAACUCCUGCUGAUUGGCGAUCUUCUAAAGACUGAUGGUCAGGCAGUGGCUCCCCUCAGUGAAUCUGUGUUGGCCUUCUUUGGCAGAACCAAAGGCAAUGCUGCAACGCAAGAUGGAAACAGGACAUCAAUAGUAGAUGAUUCUUUCCUGUCUUAUUCUGGCAUUAGCUACGACCGUACGGAUGAUGAUUUGGAUCUGGAUGAGCUUCCGGGCAAACCCUACAAACAAAAACCUCAAGAAAGAAGGCGUUCAUCUCUGGCCCCAGUGAUCGCUCCUCUCCUGAAAAGGUCCCGUCAUAGUGUCGCUACUGCUAUAGCACCUGACAAUGAGAGAGAAACGGUUAUUGCAAAAUCAACAAUGUUGGUCACAGAUGGAGGCUCCGUUCAAGCAAUGUCCACAGUGGAAGCUGUCCCCAGACGGAAAUCGCGAAGGAGCCGCGCCAUUUUCUGUCUGCAAGAUCAAUCCGUCACACUACCGCAAAUUACGGAAGCAGAGCAGGAACCUGAACUAGAGGCCGUUCUGCUAGCUCCCAGUAACGUGGUACAGACACAUGCCUUCCUGUCCAAAACGAUGAUCCGAGCAGAGCUCUGUGCUGUGUGUGGACAGAAAACGCGUUUUGGGAAGAUGUCUUUAAAGUGCAGAAACUGUCGAAUUCUGAUCCAUCCCGAAUGCAAGGAAUAUUGCUCCCGUUCAUGUUCCUCACCAGCGCCUCCAACUCAGAGUGUAUACCCCAAGAACGGCCAGGGAGUCCUUGCUGAUUUUGCACCUACAACAUCUCUCAGAGUUCCUGGUCUGGUGAUUCACUGUGUGAAUGAAAUUGAGAGACGAGGGCUAAGUGAGCGAGGUAUCUACAGGAUAUCUGGCUGCGAUAGUCACGUGAAGGAGCUGAAACAGAAACUCCUUCAAGGCAAGGUGAAGGCACAGCAGCUGGAGAGAGAAGAUAUCCACGCUGUGUGCGGGGCUUUGAAAGAAUUCCUCCGGAAUCUGCAGGAACCUCUGCUGACCUUUUCCCUGCACACCCAGUUCAUGGAUGCUGCCGAUCUCAUGGAUGAGAAUGAAGCACGAGCUGAGGUUUGCCAAGCAGUUCAUGAACUGCCCAUUGCCAACCGGGAGACACUUUCCUUUCUCAUCGUGCACCUGAACAGGGUAAUGAAGAGCCCAGAUUGCAAGAUGGAUAAGAUGAACUUAUCUCGAGUGUUUGGUCCGACGCUGGUUGGCUACUCUGUGCCAAAUCCCAGUCCUUUGAUGAUCAUGCAGGACACCCCGAGACAAGCAAAGGUGAUGAUGUUACUCCUUUCGGUACCCUGCAGUUUCUGGAACCAGUUUAUCUCCAGUUUUCAAGAAGCUCAGAACUGCGACUCUGUGACUAUGGCUCAGGGACGUCUCUUCCGGCCUCUCACGUCUCCAGAGAUGAAAAUUGCGCCCUGUACUUCAAAUUUCCCGCCACCUUCUUCUGGCAACCUGCCACGAAAACCUGGACGAUUGUUUACCUCUCCCAAUGCCUGAGGAAAGGCAGAGAUUGCAACUCUUCCUUUAAACUUCAUGAUAAAGCAAGAACAUUAUUCUACUAGCACUGGGAUAUCAUUGACACAUAUGCACUGUGCACUUUUAUUCCAACCUGUGUUUUUCACCAUUUGAAGGAUGGACUAAGUGCACUCAAACGUUGUGAAUUCUAAUAAUAUUUAGCACUGGGUGUUCAAAACAUUUAAAUAAAAAAA